UUCAUAUGCGUGCGAUUCUGCAGAAUGAGUAUGUAAUUUUCAAAGAGAACUCAAAUCUCAAACUUGUGUGCAAAUAUCAGUUAUCAAGAAUUCAUCUAUAAAUAUUGCCAAUAUUGUAUUAAAAUGAAUCUGGAUGUUAAAAUUGUGAAAGUGAGAAGCUGGGAUGUUCGCUUUCCUACUUCAAAAAACGCUCAUGGUUCUGACGCGGUGCAUGGCCUCGUUGACUACUCGUGUGUCUAUGUGCAGAUAUUCACUGACGCUCCUGAUGACAGUUUGAUCGGGUGUGGGUUGACCUUCACAAUAGGUCGGGGAAAUGAGGUGGUCAAAAAGUGUGUGGAUAGUCUCAAGAGUAGAAUUAUGGGCGUGAACUUAUCCGAAGUAGUGCGUGAAUUUGGACAAUUUGCGCACAGUUUAGCCAACGACAACCAGAUGCGCUGGCUCGGACCAGAUGGCGGAGUGUUGUCACUGGCUUGCUGUGCUAUCCUGAAUGCCAUUUGGGACCUGUGGGCUAAAAUUGAGCAGAAGCCAAUUUGGAGACUACUUUGUGACAUGAACUCAAAGGAUUUGAUCAAUUGUGGUAUUUGGAAACACUUGGCGGACGAACUGAGUCCACAAGAGGCGUUGGACAUGUUAACUUCUGUUGAGUCAGCAGAUGAUAUCAAAAGAAGAAUAGAUCACGUGACUAAUCACGGAGUGGCAGCCUAUACAACUGCAUGCGGGUGGUUGGGCUAUACAGAUGAUUAUAUGAAGGACAAAAUUCAGAAUUUCAUGAGUGAAGGAUGGACGGCAUUCAAAAUAAAAGUGGGGGUCAACUUGCAGGACGACAUCAGACGUUGCAAAAUGGUUCGCGAGCUGAUCGGGUCGGGAGGUAAGUUGAUGGUGGACUGUAACCAAAAGUGGGAAGUUGAUGAAGCAGUUAAAUGGGUCAGGGAACUCUCCCCUUCUGACAUCUACUGGAUAGAAGAGCCCACACAUCCAGAUGAUAUAAUUGGUCACCAGAAGAUCAAAAGUGAAGUGAACAAAUUGGGAGUGCGGGUGGCCACAGGGGAGGUGUGCAAGAACAGAGUGCUGUUCAAACAGAUGUGCAGUCAGGGAGCACUGGACAUCUGCCAGAUAGACUGUGCCAGAGUGCUGUCCAUUAACGAACUCAUACCCAUUCUCCUACUCUGCAGAAAAUACAACAUCACUGUCUGUCCCCAUGGAGGCGGAGUUGGAUUAUGCGAAAUGAUACAACACUUGGCCGCCUUCAACUACGUCAGAAUAGCCCCGCUGGACCCAAACAGUGACUCACCCCCUCUGGUGGAACAUGCUGACCACCUGUCGCAUCACUUCGAACACCCUCUGAACUGUUUUGGGGGAGUGUAUAACGUGCCGGAAAGUAAAACAGCAGGAUACACGACUACACUUAAGACUGAGUCUUUGGCAAAGUAUGCGGUGUCUAUGAGUGAAUGAACUGAAAUAGUUGAAGCAAAACGAAACAAAUUGUGAAAAGAAUUAAGUUUUUGGCUAAUAUAAUGACAUUAUAAAAGUAAUUGAUGCACGACUGUUUUUCUUUCAAUCACUUCGU